CGCCUUCAAUUCUAUUUAAAUGGGACUUUCAGAUCCUUUGAUGCCCACCUUCCAUCUACUUACAGGUAGCGAGUAAGCGAGGUCUCCUCCUCCAAAUCCUUUUCAAUCACGAGACCGUGAUGAUUGUUGGUGGUACGACAUGCAAGUUUCUAUAUCUGAAUCCUCAGACCCAAAUCUGACUUGGCACUUCGAGAAAAAGUAUUUUGGAGGAGGAUAUCCUCCAAAUUCUGUAGAUGAGUAGGAAGGCUUAGAAGCAAAUGAGGAGUAGGUUACCUCGAAGGAGAUUGAAGAGAUGUUAAAUCUUAAAACCUUCUUUGAAGAACCAACGUGGGAUUCAGAAAAAUUGGCCCGAUUCAAACAGAGUAUCCUUCCAUUUACAUUUUAAUAUGCCUAGUUUAUUAAAGUGUUUCAUGAUUUUUUUGAUGUGGCAAACUGAUGAUGUAAUCUCGUUUUACUUCAUCCUCAUGCGUGUCCUGUAGUGUCACCCAUUUCUAUGUUGGAGGCUUACAUUAUGUCACGUAACACCCAAACCCGCGUAACUCGAACCAACGAGUUAGCGAAUCAGGUUGCAACUAAUUUGGAAUUCAAAUGCAUAAUAUUUUAAAAACAUUUAGAACGAAACAUAUAUUUAUAUUAAUUUGGAAACAAACCAUAGUUUAAUGGGAGUAACAAAACCCAAACAUUGCGGAAGCCUUUUAAAAUAUCAUCCAAAUAUCCUUGUACUUUAAAUAAACAAAUUCAACAUAAUAUUUAAUUUAACCAAACAAUAUCGGGCAUCCACCAGCGUCACGCUUCACUGUCCUCUAGGCUGCUCAUCUAAUCCUUGAUCUGUACCUGCACGUAGUAUUGAGAAUGGAAGUAUCUAAUGCAAGAAUAAAUUCAAAGACAAGCAUUCAUCAACAUAUAAUCAUACAAUAUUUGAAGAAUCAUCAAAUAUCAUUAUUAAUCAUCAUGAUCAAUUGUUCAUCUAUUUCAGUUCAAAUCUUACUAUUCAUACUACACUUAACCUACUAGGCUAAGAUUCAAUCACAUGAGACUAGAGUCAUGGACAUUCCAGACACUGUUUGGAGCAACUCUCGAAAUCCUAGAGAACUUCUGUACAAAACUUUAAUCCAAGACUUGUGAGUUAUGUGAAGCUCGCCCCACCAGGCCUAGGUUAAUAAAUCUUAACAUAAUGGUGAUUUUAAUAUUCUUAUCAAUUCCAUUUAGAUCCACCUAGUACUACUAGGCGACCUAAUUCUCUAUCACAAUUCAUUAUUAUCAAUUUAUCAUCAAUAUAUAAACACAAACAUAUUCAAUUAAAUCAUUUAAUCUAACAAUUUAACAAUCAUGGUCACAAAAUCAAUGUCAAUUGAACAAAAACAUAUUAAUGAAUACUAAUCUAUAAAUCAACCCUAACGAUAGAUAAACCACGACUCACCUCGAUUAGUUCAAUGAAGAGAUCCUAAAUUGAAGCCUUGUAGAUAUUCUUGCAAACUCCCCCUACGCUCGGUGUUCUUGGUUGAUGGAAGAAGAUGAUGAAUUGGUGGUGGCGUGUGGCGAUUUUCCCCCAGAGCAAAGCUCCGGUGUAAUUUGGGUUAAUUUCCCUCUUUUCCUUCUGGUCUGAUUGCGUGCUCAAAGAGAAGACAGAAGAGGUCUGGUGUGGUAAUAUGAGAAAGAGAUAUACGUGUCGAAAUAUAUACAUGUAUAUGCGCAACAAGAAGAAGAAAAGAAAACUCCAACUCCAUGGUAGUAUGUUAAGGAAGAAGAAGAAGGAGCAAGAAAACCAAUCAAGUGUCCAAAAUCCUGAGCAUAAGACAAUCAGUCCACUUGAACAUCCGGAAGGUAUUGCAAAGAAAGUUUGGCGUUGGAAUGUUGAAAAUAGUGAGUUAAUCGUCGGAAUCAUGUUCAUCGACAUACCCGAAAUUCUGGACAGCAACUUUCUAUUGACUUCAGAAUCAAACGGUUUGCAAUUUCGUGAAGAAACGAUGGAGAUAUGCCCAAAUUACCACAGGUUGUCCAAUUGUGGCGGAAAUGACAAAGUUGGCAAAUUUCGAUGUUGUUUCCACUCCCGCUCAUCCGUAAGGUUUCAGAUGAUGAUUUCCAGGUGUCAUGUAAUCAUCAUCAAGAACAAUUAUAUUGAUUACAUAGGUGUCAUGUAAUCAUCAUCAAGAAAAAUUAUAUUGAUUAAACAUGCCAUCAGGUAAUCAUCAUUAAAUAUCCACCAUCAUAAAUCAUCAAAUUGAACAUAUGAUAUAAUGUGCCAUAUCAUGAAUAUUAUUAUACAUUUUGUGGACGUAUAUAUAUGUAUAUGUAUAUGUCUGAAUUGUUCUACAAUUCUAGCGUGGUACCACUCAGCAGUUUCGCUGAGCGUGUAGUUUGUAUUUUUCGUUGACUACACGUAGGUAACAAGAGGACAAUGACGGAACCACUCCCGGAGGGCAUUGAGUCAGAGGAGAUGCAAGGAUGGCAGGCAAAUGUUGAUCAUCAGAUUUUUAAAUGUGUCAUAAUUUGAUUAUUAU